AUGUCAAAUCAAGAUAAUAAUGGUCUUCUUCGUUCUUAUGGAAAUGGUUUUCCUCAAUCUUCUGGAGAUGAUCUUCCACCUUUAAGCCAAUGUGAAAAUGUAUUCGCUUCCUUAGGAAAUUGUGGAACUAGACAUCGUCUCUCUUCAACUCUUCCACCUCCUCCUCCUCCUUUGACUCUUCCAACUUCACGAGUUAAAAGAUAUGAAACAACUCAACCCUUUUGGCAUGGCCCUACAUGCUAUGAAGAUACCAGGACAGUUAACGGGAUUGUUUAUGAAGCCUACAAAGCUGCUUGCUACGCUCUUGGCUUGAAGCUAAAACCGGAAGCAAUUGUCCACCUUACGUUGUCAUACAUUGAGAAAUCUUUAUUGAUUUGUGGACUGAGUCUGAAGCAAAUACUCAAUAUGCCAUUACCUGAUCACAAAUAUAUUCAAGAUUUUUGCAAUAUGUUAAUUCAAGCUGAGCUUAAUUAUGAUCUGUCCAGUCUUGAAGUCAAACAUCAACAACUGCAUUCCAAAUUAAAUGACGAGCAAAAAAAAGUUUAUGAUACAAUUAUCAAUGUUGUUAAAAACGAAAAAGGUGGUGUCUUUUUCCUGUAUGGUUAUGGAGGAACAGGGAAAACAUUUGUUUGGAAGACAUUGUCUGCUACUAUUAGAUCUAAAGGUGAAAUUAUUAUCAACGUUGCUUCAAGCGGAAAUGCAACACUCUUGCUCUCUGGUGGUAGGACAGUGCAUUCAAGAUUUCAUAUACCAAUGAACUUGAAUGAGGAUUUGUUUUGUUCUAUUACGUCAAGUAACGAUGUAGUUGAACUGUUGAAUAAUGCUAGACUUAUCAUAUGGGAUGAAGCCCCGAUGAUGCACAAUCAUUGUUUCAAAGCAGUUGAUAGGACACAUAGAGACGUUAUCCUUUCAUCGGACAAGAAUAAACCAUUUGGAGGCAAGACCAUUGUAUUUGGAGGUGACUUUCGACAGAUUAUUCCAGUAAUACAAAGAGAAAAUCAUUCAUAUAUUGUCCAGGCAUCAUUGCAUUCAUCAAGAUUAUGGCGUGAAUGUACAAUUUUAUGUUUGAAUGUAAACACGAGGCUUCUGGUCGGCUUUCCAAACAAUAAUUUCAAAGAGACAAAAUCAUUUGUUGAAUGGAUUCUUAAAAUUAGUGAAGGUACUAUUGGUGGCCCUAAUGAUGGUGAAGUUGAAAUUGAAUUUCCAGAAGAUGUUAUUGUUCCUUCUACAUGUGACCAUAUUCAUUCAAUUGUAUCCACUAUUUAUUCAUCAUUUCAGAAUCAUCUUGAUGAUCCAUUGUAUUUUCAAGAUAAAGCUAUUUUGGUCCCUGCAAAUGAAGAAGUCAAUGCUAUCAAUGACUACAUGUUAGAAUUGAUGAAAGAUGAAGGGAAAACAUAUUUGAGUUCAGAUUUUUUAUGUGAGACUGAGGAAUAA